GCGAGUUCACAGCGUUAACGGAGAGCGGCGAGGCCUGAAAUUGCAAGCAGAGGGCAUUGUCAACGUCCCGCUGGGCUCUGUUGCACCAAGCACAACUAUCAGGUGUUUCCGGCCAUGGCCUGUGAAAAUGUCUAUCGAGAUGUCUGCGGACUCCACCUGAGCUACAUAUUCCAGGAACCAGUCGUCAGAGAAGCCCUCAAAUACAAGCCAAAGCCCGGUGACGUUUUCGUAGUGUCUUUUCCCAAGAGCGGGAGCACGUGGAUGCAGCAAAUCGUCUAUGCGAUAUACAACGAUGGAGCGAAACCUAAGAAUCUUCGAGACUUCCUGCAGAAGUCGCCGUUCCUAGAGCUCGUUGGACUCGAAGCGAUGGAGAACAUGCCGCGACCUGGCGCAAUCAAGACUCACCUGCCUUUCAACCGCGUACCUUACUCUCCGCAAGCGAAGUACAUCUUCGUGGCCCGAAACCCAUACGACUGCUGCGUUUCCUUCUACCACCAUACCAGGGCGUUUCCGGAGUACCGCUUCGCCGAGGGAUCCUUCGACGCGUUUUUAAACGCGUUUCUGCGGGGAAAAGUAGACUGUGGCGACUACUUCGAUGAGCUGCUCUCGUGGUACGACCACAUCCACGACGACAACGUCCUCUUCGUGACGUACGAGAAACUGAAAUCACACACCAGCGAGGAAGUGAUCAAGGUCGCCGACUUUCUGGGGAGCAAGUACGGCGAGAAACUGCGAAAUCAACCGAAGAUACUGGAGAGGAUCCUGGACACGAUAAGUGCUAAGAGCAUGGCGGCGUUCAACGAUGAGUUUAGAAAGUGGACGGAAAAGGCUGCGGAAAUGACGUCAUCGCGGGUGGACGAGGUCAACGAUAAGGUGACGAAACCAAUGAAUGGAGACUUUGUGCGUAAAGCGAUCGUUGGCGACUGGAAAAAUCAUUUCAGUUGUGACCAAAUCAAGCGAAUGAAGGAAAAAAUAGCGUCGAAGUUCCAGGGAACCUCUGUUAUGAGUCUUUGGGAACACGUCGAGCUUCCUUGAAAUGUGAGACGUCUUUUUUAGAUGCUAAGCAGCUUUUGCUCGGGGCUGUGUCCGGCGGUGGCGUGCCCGCUCCACUGCACACGCGCUUACUCUCUCUCUUCUAUUCUCCUACGCUCCCCCCCUC